UCUCAGUGACCGCAUUUCUGCGGACCAUCGUCUCCGGUCGGCGACACCACUCCGGUCUCCGCCUCUAGCCGUCUCCAGACUCCAGGUUGGUUCCUACUUGCCUCCAGACUCCAAUUAAGUUAAAGGAUUGGAUUCAUUGCGAUCAAUGUUUCUAAGUCGUUCUAAUACUACGGUAUGGAAUCCGUAUUGCUGUCUCAAGCUCGUCUGCUUCAAUCUUUCAACUCCAGCCGGUGGAUUCAAUCUGGAAGACAAUUACACCUGGUAUUUAUCAAAAGGGGAGUUCUGGGUUCAGAUGUAUCUCUAGCAAACCGUCUCCUGCAGAUGUAUACUAGGUGUGAUCAUUUGGGUGAUGCACGGAAACUGUUCGACGAAAUGUCUCAUACAAAUUGCUUUAGUUGGAACACUAUGAUUGAAGGCUAUAUGAUAGCUGGGCAAAAGAAAGAAUCACUGCAAUUGUUCAGUUCGAUGCCUUACAAAAAUGAUUUUUCAUGGAACUUGAUGGUAUCAGGUCUUGCAAAAGUUGGUGAAUUGGAUAUUGCUAGACAACUGUUUAAUGAAAUGCCGAUGAAGAAUGGAAUUGCUUGUAACUCAAUGAUUCAUGGGUAUGCACGCCAUGGUAAGCCAAAAGAAGCUUUAAUGCUUUUCAGGGAAUUAAAUUUCAACAAUUAUGGUGAAUCGGGCAUUGAUUCAUUUGUAAUUACAACCGUCAUUAGUGUUUGUGCUGAUUUGAGAGCCAUUGAUUGUGGGAAGCAAAUUCAUGCUCACAUCGUUGUACAUGAAGUUGAAAUUGACUCAACCUUGGCAAGUUCGCUUGUUAACUUUUACGCAAAGUGUCGUGAUAUUGAUUAUGCGAAUUCCAUUUCUUGUAUUUUACCAAAUCCUGAUAACUUCUCUUUGUCAGCGCUAAUAUUAGGUUAUGCUAAUUGUGGUAGAAUGGACGAGGCUACGAAAAUAUUCAAUUCUAAACGUGACCCGUGCAUUGUUCUAUGGAACUCAAUGAUUUCUGGAUUCGUCACAAACAAUGAAGCCAAAGAAGCUAUUGUUUUCUUCAUUAAAAUGCUGAAAAGUGGAGUUCAGCCUGAUUUUUCUACUUUUGUCAAUUCUUUGAGUGCCUGCAGUCAUUUUGAUAUUAAAAAUGUUGAGCAGUUGCAUUCUUGUGCUUUGAAGGUUGGAUUUAUUCACGAUCUUAUAGUGGCUAGCUCGUUUAUUGAUGUAUAUGCCAAAUGCAGAAACCCAAACGCUAGCUGCAGUUUAUUUAUGGAGCUCAAGAUCCAAGACACUGUCUUGCUCAAUACAAUGAUUAGUAUUUAUUGUAACUGUGGAAGAAUUGAAGAUGCUAGAGAAAUAUUUGGGAGAAUUCCAGUUAAAUCUUUGAUCUCGUGGAACUCAAUGGUCGUGGGUCUAAGUCGAAAUGGUUAUCCAAUGGAAGCUCUCGACCAUUUCAGUACGAUGAACAAGAUGGGUCUGCAAAUGGACAGAUUCAGUCUAGCCAGUGUGAUUAGUGCAUGUGCAAGCGCAUCUUCAGUUGAGUUAGGCGAACUUGUUUUCGCCAGAGCUAUUACCAUCGGUCUCGAACACGACGCGAUCGUAUCUACUUCCAUUAUUGAUUUCUACUGCAAGUGCGGUUUCGUAGAAAAUGGAAGAAAGAUGUUUGAUGGAUUAAAAAACCACGACGAAAUCUCGUUCAAUUCUAUGUUGAUGGGUUACGCUACAAACGGAUAUGGAAUGGAAGCGUUGUCUCUUUUCGAGGAAAUGAGGGAGACUGGUUUUGUCCCCACUGGGAUCACGUUUACAGGGGUAAUAUCAGCGUGUAGCCAUUGUGGACUGGUUGAAGAAGGGGAGAAGUGGUUUGAUUCAAUGAGAAAUGUUUACCAAAUUGAACCUGGGAUUGAGCAUUAUUCUUGUAUGGUGGAUAUGUUUGCUCGGGCAGGAUUUUUAGUUGAAGCUAUGAGGUUUAUAACCGAAAUGCCAUUUGAAGCCGAUGCAACCAUGUGGCUUUCGGUCUUGAGAGGCUGUGUGGCGCAUGGCAAUAAAGCUAUGGCUGAUGUGGUGGUGGAAAGGAUUUUGGAGAUUGAUGGUGAAAAUUCAAGUGCUUAUGUGCAGCUUGCAAGUAUAUAUGCAUCUUGUGGGGAUUGGGAAAGAUCUGAACAAGUAAGACAUGUUAUGAAGGAUAUGAAGAUACUGAAGAAUCCUGGUUCGAGUUGGGGUUAACCUAAACUUCUAACAACAACUCAGAUGACAUGAGACUUGCAAAUGGACAAUAUGAAGUUGUUGCUGAAUCUUGGUUGAGUAGGCAUCUCAAAAUUUCAUGUUUUGGGUGACCCUAAACCUGAACUGAAUCUGUCCCGAAAAAUUGGGUAUCCGGGUAUUAGGUGACCCAAACCUGAACUGAACCUGUCCCAAAAAAUUGUGUAUCUAGGUGACUGAAAGUAUUGGUUCCUAUCCACGAGUAACCGACC